AUGGCAUUAGCAUCAAAUAACAUUCAAAAUCUACAAGGCUCGACGGAUGACAAUAACCCUCCUAUCAAUCCACCCACGGACAAUCCUGUCGUUAAUAAUUUUGUACCCGAUCAACCACCCGUCGGGAGUAUCGCAUACCUCCCAGAUAAUAAACCAGACGUAAUAUACACGCCGAGUGGUGAACCUAUACAGGUUUUAGUCGAAGGGACUCCCGUUGCGCCUCCAGCAGCGUCACCGCUGAGUAAUUUUCGCAUGACAAAGGAAAUUUGUAUUGCCAUAGCUGCGUUUAUCUUCGUUCUGAUUGGUAUUAUAAUGUCUAACUCAUCGCUAAACUCUUGUACUCAAAACUGUUUAUUUCAUGUUCGGCUUCAACUUCGUACUCGCGAUGUUCAGGCAUAUCCAAAGUGCCUUAUGAAAUGUGCAAGUACAUAUCACGCGGUUAAGGGUGCAGGAAGUGCAUUCCUGGUUAUUGGAGCAAUUGUGCUGUUGGGAGCCGGAGCCUUCAUGUACCAAAAACGACAGGAACAACUGAUGCAGCAGCAAAACAAUCAAGACAUGCAGCAGGCUCAAAUAAAUGAAUAA